UUCUCAAUUGAUUGAGACCUCUUACCAUUGAUGAUGCCCCGGAUCUCAACAUAUAUGAUGGUGAUGAUGAUGUAUGCAAUCACUUUACCCCGCCACUGUCUCCUUGCAAUUAACCUCCUCAGAGAUGGUUGCAAAACUAUGUCAUCAAAUCAAUGCAGCAGCCAAGACCUUAGAAGAUGUGAAGAAUACCCUUACACCUGGUUUGACAAGGUGGUUGAACAAGAUCUUCAAGGGUAGCAUGAUUCAGGUGGAAUUGAAUGCGCACCGUGAGGAUGAACUUGCAGUUCAUUAUCAAGCAAAUAGAUGUUGGAUUGUCAAAUCCUCCCGCAGGCAGGUGCAAGUAGGUGAAGUCCUCACUAUUAAGGAUGUCAAUUGCAAGAUCGCGACCUGUAGAGCAGAUGAGAUGAAAAAGAUGUUCAAUAAGACUCUUCAAUUGAUUGGAAUCAAACCUACAAAAUCUACAGCCACUCAACCACAACAAGAUAAUUCUAUAGAAUCUCAAUCUACAGUGGAUUCUACACCUUCUAAUGAGUAUAUAGAUAAUCUUUAUGUUAUAGAUAGAUGUGGUGGUGAUUAUUAAUUAAUUUUUG